AUGUCUCCGACUCCGCUUACGGGAAGUCCUCACUUCAUUCCCCGGAAGGAAUUCAUUCGGGAUCAAAGAAUCAUUUCCUCUUUCUCUCUCCUUGCGCUUUCUGGCCCUGGCUUGGUCAGGCUGUACAGCUUCCCUGGACCUGUCAUCUCUGCUCUUCGUCGUCUCUUUGAUCAGCAGAAUCUUAUCACAAGUGUCCGCGAACAUGCGCCAAAGAGCUUUUUCGAGUUCUCUCUCGACCACAAGCCAUGGGCGAAUGCAAAGAGCAUCGAGUCCGAAUGGCUAAUUGUCGCCAUUCUGACCACUGUCAUGCAGUGUGGAUUCACCUUCCUGUCCACCAUUGACUAUGGUCGCGAGCAGGAUGAUCGCGUAGCUAUCGCAUUCUCCAGACCAGUGUCCGUUCCAUCCGCUACCAUCACUUUUACUAAUGGGUCCGCGACGACACUUGCUCAGCCUACUAGAGCACACUUCGCUAUCUCGUUUGCAUCUACUACCGUUCUCCGUGUCAUCGAUCCGCCUCUCCACUCAACACCGGCCAUCUUGCAGGCGGUUAGAGGAGCAUGGCCUCGCGGUGUGGUCUCCGAAAAGAAAGUGGGUGAUGCGACUUACGAAUUCAAACUGAAGGGGUACAAAUGGUUUCAGGAGGAUAAUUUCCCUACUGAUUCGUUGCAUCACAUGCUAACUCUUCUCACUUCUCUUGAUGCUCAUGCAUUCUCGCUACUUACUUCUCUCUCUCUCGCCACCAAUCGGACGAGGGUCAAAGACCUAUGGAUAUUCUCAGGACCAGCGGAAGAUCCUGAAUCUCCCAAUUCUAGCCCUGGAACCGCCAGCUUAGAGUUGAAGAGGGAGAUUACACCUGGCUCGGGUAUGCUUCCACUAGGUAACGAGAAACUUGCACCGGUCGGCGCAUAUCGUGUUCUUCCAAGCGGCAUGGUUCACCCUUACGCUGAUGCUCACUACACUCAUGUACGCGGACCCACGGAUACCGCGCCUGCCACCUCGUCUCCUCUCAAACCGACCUCUGGUUCCUCUCCUAAGGCGUCAGGGGGUGUUCUCCGCAAGGCGUACCCUAAGCUACCGCUUGCGUUCGCAGCCGAGAUGGACAGCCCGCAGAUCGCAAGCACGAGUUCGCGCUCACCUAUCGACCAGAAGCAGCAUCCAUUUGCUAGCUCCGUGGGGAGCUUGGACAUGACUGGCGUCGGUUCUGGCCUUGGCAGACCGGACCGGUCAUUUCACUCCAUCACCCCCGAAGUGCUUUAUAUGACGUCGGGACACCACAGCAGUUGCGAGAGGCAUGUUCCUGCCGACACGAGUGGAUCGUAUCAUUAUAGCAGCUCGUUGGAAAUGCAGCCUGUCGAGACAAGCACACCGCCUCCGAUGGACGGAACCACUGCAGCGUCUCUUCCACCAGCUGACACUUCAUCUCACACCGCGUACAGUCACUCGACUCCGCAUGAUCGCUCGUACGAUGACGGUUAUGCACAAAUGCAGGACCGGGAUGCUUCACGGCAUGACACAUACGUUCUGUCGAGGGACCCCGCCCCAGACGCGCCGCGCUCACCGACGCCACCUCUUCUCAGUCCAGGGCUCUUCCGCGACUCCGCGUACGCAUCGACCAUGGUACGGAGCUCGUAUGAGAUCCCCAUUUCGUGGGCCGGGCGCGACUCAGAAGGCGCGUCCCUGAAGAAACACGCGCUGGCCGACAUCCGCGAGCAGGACGAGCUCGAAGGGCGCGCUCGCGUUAGUUCCGACAGGGAGCGCGCACGUGAACGCAGACCUUCCGGGCCGCGGUUGCCGAGCGCAUGGGCUUCGACGCCAUCGUCCGCUCCAAAGGACGAACGCCGGUACGAUGACGUCGCGCGAAACAUGCUGCCUCCUACCAUCAAGGAGCACCCCAGCCAGGAGCAGGACGACUUCGCACGUCGGCACGACAGGACAACUGGGCUAGCUGCAGAGAUGCGCAUGGUGUCUCCGAAGCACGACGAGUCAGAGGGUGCGAGGUCGAGGAGCAACACUGUUCCUGGUAGUACUCAGGCAGUGCCGAAUGGUGCAGCGAGGCCUCAACCUACACGGAGAGACACCGAUUCGGGCUGGGUGCUGGUGAACAUACAAGGGCAGACAGGGAAGGGGAGGGACAAUGCAUCGAGUCCCACUCGGGACCGUACCACUGCUCCUAACGGGGCACCCUUGAUCGCCAAUGACCGAGUUCCGCACCUCAGGAGCAGUUCUGAUUCGCGGGUCCCGCGUUCGCAGGGCGCAGUGGCUCAGAAAGGUGUCGGAGUAGCGAUGUCGAACAUGGCGGCGGCGAAGGCCAUCGUCAUCAUGGACGCCGUGAGCGCAAAAGAGCGAGAGGCCGAGAAGGCGGCGCAAGGCUCUGGCCUCAGGCGAAUAUUUGCGAAGGGCAGGGAGAAGCGGUCGGACUCUCUAGACGGACUUCCUCGAGGCAGGACUCCCGAGAGUGGUGUCUCGAAGAGAAGCCUGGAGACGGAGAGGUACGAGAAGAUGGGUUCGAACCACAAUUGGCGGUUACCCGCUGCUUCAUGA